AUGUCGAAGUCUCUGUACCGACCCCUUACAUCGAAACAAUUCCGACUCGUCACACUUCUCCCAGGCCCAGAUUCGACACCAAUAAAAACGACAUUACGAAUUGUCAACCUUGAGGAGAAACCGAGAUUCGAUGCUUUAUCUUAUGAAUGGGGCCUCGAGUCAUCCGACGAUCCUCAAAUUUACGUCGACAAUAUACCAUUUACAGUCCGCCGCAAUUUAUGUCUCUUUCUAAAAAGACUUCGAACAUCCUGUCAGAGUGCUCAAGUGAUUUACGCAGAUGCUAUCUGUAUCAAUCAGCAAGAUGUAGAAGAAAAAGGGCAUCAAGUCGCCUUGAUGAGUGAAAUUUAUAUGUGCGCUAAGAAGGUGUUGGUUCGGUUAGGUGAACAUGAUCGAAAUAGUGAGAUGGUAUUCGGGACUAGUCUUGGGGACUACGUUGAAACCAUGCCAGAGGGCUUGCGAGUGCUACCUUGUCUUUUCCCCGUGAUUAUACCCCUUCAUUUCAUAAGAGGUGCGAAAAGACUAGGUCGGCGCAUGCAUGCAGGCACGGAUCCUCGAAUCUCCGCCUGGACUGCCCUACUAUCACGGUCAUACUGGAAUCGGACGUGGAUUGUACAGGAGUUUCUUUUAGCACGUUCAGUGGUAAUUUAUUGUGGUCCGGACCAUAUGGAUGGGAAUUUGAUAUUCACCAAGCCGUUACAAGAUUACUUCUCGCGUAAAAUACAGAAAAAUAAAGGGGGGCUAGAAGGGAUUCCUCGAUCGUUCUUGUUGUAUUUCUGGAAAAUGAAUCAGAAGCAUCAUGGGUCAUUUGGAAGGGGAAAGCCUUACUUUGCAGGUGCGGAUAUUUUCGAGUUGGCUUUCAAUUAUCAAUAUACCGAGUGCCAGAAUAUCUUGGACCACGUGUUUGGGUUGCUGGCGCUAGAAGAUCCAAGGAAAAGUCCUCCGAUUAUACCGGAUUAUGACGACUCGGCUCAGACGCUAUUUGUUAAAAUCUGCAUGUUGAAACUUCCAACGGUUGCAGGGAGCGUGGACAAAGUCACUGAUAUUGGGGUGUUUCGCGUAGCAAUGCUGUUUCGAGGUUUAAGGUUAACUUUCGAUGAUGCGGAGAGUAUUUUAGAUAUCUUGCUCGACAACAACCAGUCCAAUGCACGAAACAUAUCUGUGAUUGCUACGAUAGCAAAGUCUUUCGACUCAUUCGGAUUCCUAAAACCAGAACGAAAACAAUGGAUUCUACCACAGAGCAAAGUCCCACAAACAACACAACAAAUCCUCUCUGCCAUAAAACAAUGGCAAAGCACCCAGAAGAAAAAUGGGAAUUGGUAUAACAUUUCUCACGCGGUUCAAAAACAUGAGCCGUCUGGUAUGCAAUAUCUCCAGCUGGAUGAACCGCUUUGGAGUCGCUAUAGCACUCUCAGAGCGACUGCCGCGAGGAAUGCGGCAGCGGCAGGAAAUAUUAAUGUUCAGAAUAUUAAUAAUUUGAACAAUUUUAAUAUGAAUAAUAUAAAUAAUAUAAAUAUGAGUACUAUGAACAUGAAUAAUGCGACGACGAUGGGGAAUUCUGCAGCGAUGGGAUUUGUGGGGGCACUUCCGCCUGGGAUGUGA